AUGGACAAGUUAAAGCAGACCUUUAGCAGGAACAAGGACACUUCGGAGGCCACAGAGUCUGCAGGCAAAGGCUCUGGUCAAGGCUCUCACUUUCCUGGUAACGACGAUCUGGGAUCUACAGUGACUGGCCAGCGAGACACACCCGGUACACGCGAUGUUGCGGCGGCUCAAGGUACAACUGGCCCAGAGGCCGGCGGUGAUCAGCAUGUUGGCACUGUAAGCGCAGGCUCACAGGCACCGUCCACUGCAGCUAUCGGACAGACGUCAACCUAUUCCAGCCAUCGCCUUGGCAAGGGUGACCCAACUGGCAGUGUAGCAGAUCCCCAGUCCACCGAUCCUAUAUCCUACCAGAAACCUGAGACUGCCACUAUCGGUGAUGCAGGCGUUCCUGAGGGAUCAGCUCAGAUUGCAGCCACGAAGGCCCUCGAGAAGCUGCCUGGCAUGCCCGGUGGCUACCCUGACAAAGACUACACAAAUCCGUACAAGGCUGAGCACUUGGAUCCUCGCGUUGAUGGCUUGCCCAUUCGCUCGAAAGAGACUGGCUCCAGUGGCGGCAGUGGGACUGCAGCUGCAGCAGCAGGUAGCGCUCUUGCAGGUGGUACGGUCGGCACGCUGGCAUCUAAGCCGCAGUCGUCAAGCACGUCCGCACCAGCAACCACUCCCGCACCGUCUGGUCUCACCUCAACCACCAACCCAUCUGAUCGACACCCCACGUAUUCUGAGGCCGAGCGAGACCAUGGUACAACAGCAGCUGCCACAGGCACAUCUCAGCAGACGGAUUCCCAGGCUUCAGGCUUCGUGGGCAAAGCACUCGCUGCUGUUGGUCUAGGCGGUGCCGCGGGUGCUGCUGCAGGCGCUGCAGCAGAUCGCGACCACAAAGAUUCGGCCAUUGCUGAUACUACACCGUCAAGCUCGAUUCCACAACCUUCUCACUCCAGGAAGGAGUCCAUUCCCACCACAGCAUAUCCAGGCGGCGUGUCCUCGCCAGCGCCGAUCAACGCCCCAGUAGGUGGAACUCGUGAGGCUGCCCGUCAAGACGAGCCAAGUGACAGUCACAGAGGGACUGCGGCUGCUGCAGGCGCUGGUCUAGGUGCUGCUGGUCUCGGCGCAGCGGCUGCAAGUCACGGCUCAGCAAGCGAGCCUGCCACAUACCAUGACGCAACGACAAGAGGCCUCUCGUCCGGACAAGAUACUUCCUACAGCGGCCCAGGAAGCACUCAGCUCAGCCAGCCGACUGGGACGACGUCCACACCUACAACGCUAGCUUCGAAUGAACCAUAUUCCAGCGAACCUGACCGCAGCAAGCGCAACGCUGCCCUCGCUGGCGCCGGUGGAGCAGCCUUGGGAGGUGGAGCCGCCUAUGCUGCCACUCGAGAUAGCAAGCAGGAUCCAUCUGGAUACACGAUCCAUGGUCCCGACAGCUCAGCGACAUCUACUCAGCCGCGGACCAGCGCUGUAUCGCAGCCACCUACUACUUCAACGCAACCGGCCUUCACUACGACCCAUCCCGGCGCCUCUAGCGCAACACCCCUGGUCCCAGCAUCAGCUGGAGCUCCGCCUACUGCUAGAGAAUCCGGUCUGACAGAUAAGGAUGAUGAUCACACCGGACGUAAUGCCGCCUUAGCAGGCACUGCAGGCGCUGGCGCCCUCGGUGCUGGUGCAUAUGGUCUGCACGAGCAUAACAAACGAGCUGAGGACCAGCCUGCAUCGGGAGGAGCUGUGUUGGGGCCGGCAGGCGCCGGUACCCCGUACACUGCUAGGGAGUCUGAUCAGAAGGCAACUCAGCUGGGCCCAGCAGCUGCCGGUAUCCCGUACACUGCCAGGGACGACCACCUGAAAGACCGGGAUGACGACCACACGGGCCGUAACGCAGCCUUGGCAGGUGCAGCAGGCGCCGGUGCCGUUGGGGCCGGCGCGUAUGGCGUCCACGAGCACAACGAGAAAGAAGCAGAGAAGGCACGAAAGGAGGCUGAAAAGGAGCAGAAGGAGGCCGCCAAACAUGCGGAGAAGGAAGAGAAGAAGCACCAGAAAGAAGUCGAGAAGGAGGAGAAGAAGCAUCAGAAGGAAGUCGAGAAAGCCGAGAAGAAACACGAGAAGGAGGUCGAGAAGGCAGAGAAGAAACACGAGAAAGAGGUCGCCAAAGAGGAGAAGAAACAGGAGAAAGAAGCCGAGAAGCUCGAGAAGAAACACUCCAAGGAUGCCGGUGCUGCUGUGGUCACACCACAAUCAACGCAUGAAACGACCCGAGGAGACAGCCUUGAGUCUGCAGAAAGCCAACACGCCCGAGAACUUCAAGAGUACGAAGCAGAGCGACGGCGCAAAGCCGACCACGCCAAAGAGGUCGGCGGUGUCGCCCUUGUAGGAGGGGCUCAAGCCGGCAUUGGUGACAGAGAGACGAAGCCGGGAUUGCUGAAGCGCAUCUUUAAACGCCGCAAGAACAAGGACACCGGCGCAGAUGAGGAAUACUCGACCGAUGAAGAGGACUCCAGCAAGGGCGACACUGUCGUCCCAGCCGCACUGGGCGCCGGCGCCGCUUAUGGUGCUUAUAGCCACCACGACAAGCACAAGCAUGACGACACUUCGAAUAUCGGCACAGCCCACACGACCGAUACUGCCACCACCGAGCCACAGACCAAAUACGAAGCCGUCAGCGGCGGUGCCGUCAAGCCAAGCUACAAUCCUCUCAGCAAGGACCCUGUCCCAGGCACAACCACAAGCGCAACCACAAAACCCGGAAGUGCAGCCUUGUCUGCUGGGACUUCUGGUCGUGCUCCAGUCGUGGACGCAGCGGAGACAAAGGCAGCACAGCCCUCGCGGCACACCGAAGAAGCGGCUCUUGCAGGCGGCGCCGGUGCCCUCGCCGGAGGUGCGGCCGCCAGGCAUCACGACACGACUGAUCCCACCUAUGGUACAACUAGCACCACUUCAGGUCCCACCAGCACAGGCUACGCCAACGAGCCAUACGGACACACAGCGAUCCAUGGUCCCGACACCUCUGCGGCAUCAACCCAGCCCGCUGUCGGCACCACCUCCUCGAGCACCCACCCGGAGGCCGUCACCACCAACCCCGUCGCAGCCCGCACAGCCGAGAAAGCGCUGAACGACCCAAACGAUAACCGUGACCGGCACAUCGAACCCACGCUGGGCAUCCCAUACGAUCCUGCAAAAGACCCUGCAGCAGCACAACGCCUCGACGAGCGCUCAGCCCAGCACCUCGCCGAAGACAAGUCUGCAACCACCCCACAAUCCUCAACCUCGCACCAACCGUGGCGAGAGGGCUACAACACACACGAAACCCCCUCCUCACCAACCACCAGCAGCACAGGCACCGGCGAGAAGAAAAGCCUGACCCAAAAACUCAAGGAAAAGAUCACAGGCCACAAAGACGAGCCGGAGCACGUGCACGGGGAGGAGCACGGGGUGCUGCAUAAGAAGCCGCAUCAGGUGCCUGAGGAUGUUAGGGGGAGCUAUGAGGGCUCACGUUGA